AUGCCUGGCUACGUCAAGAUGUCCACAAGCCCAUAAGCUAGUUAACUAACGUUUUAUUAUUAUUUUUUUUCGAAUCCUGUAAAAAAAAUUGAAGUAAUCAAAAUGGUCUGAUUGUUAAAUUUUUAAAAGAGAUGAAUGUAACCCGCUGGCUGUAUGGGAUGUUGCAUGACAUUGUCAUUAUAUGAUUACAAAAAACGCGAUUGUCAGUUCUGGUUGGUUUCUAAUAGCAAACAAGCUUGACUGGGUUAGCAAGCCAGCUAGCUAGCGAGUUUGUAACUACGCCUUCGAUGACACUUUUCACUGGAAAGACAAGAAAACAGUAUGCAUAGCCUAUAUGCUGCUGAAUAAUAACUGAUCCGUGCAUGAGGAAGGGCCAAGCCGGAUUCAGUCCGCUAUCGAGAGAGCAAGAGACAGAGACAGAAAGAUGGCUGUGCAGAACAGGAAUGCAGUGCUGGUGCUGUCGGGGCGAGAGCGCGGAGCUCGGAUAUUGGGAUCCCAGCGGCUCCUGCAGCAGCUUGUGGAGGACAGGACACGCUGGAUGAAACUGCAGAGUCAGAAAGUGGAACUGCCUGAUAAUCCUCGCUCAACCUUCUUGCUGGCCUUCAGCCCGGACAGGAAUCUCAUGGCUUCCACUCAUGUCAACCAUAACAUUUACAUCACGGAUGUGAAAACAGGGAAGUGCCUGCACUCUCUGGUGGGUCACCGCCGGACCCCAUGGUGUUUGACUUUCCAUCCAACAAUUCCAGGCUUGGUGGCCUCGGGGUGCCUUGAUGGAGAAGUGCGCAUCUGGGACCUACAUGGUGGUAGUGAGAGCUGGUUCACAGAGGGGAACAUAGCCAUCGCGUCCCUGGCUUUCCACCCCACAGCCCAGCUGCUACUUAUUGCCACCAACAACGAACUGCACUUUUGGGACUGGAGUCGGCCCGAGCCCUUCGCUGUCGUCAAGACCGGCAGUGAGACCGAGCGUGUCCGGCUUGUAAGGUUUGAUCCUCUUGGCCACAAUCUUCUGACAGCUAUCGUGAACCCGACCAACCAACAGAAUGAGGAAGACUCCGACGUUCCCAUGGACAGCAUGGAAAUGGCCCUGUUCCGCCAGCGUUCUGUGCUCCGUUCCCCUCCUGUUCGCCGCACUCCAAUUUUGCACAACUUCCUGCACAUCCUGUCCUCUCGCUCCUCUGGAGGAACAGAACCCCGAGAACCUCCUCCCAGCAUGCCUCUGUUUCAGUAUCCCGGGCGGAGCGAGCUCGCAGACCGGCCUCCUCAGCAGAGCUGCACUCAGCACCUGGGGCUUGGUUGCCUGUGCAGUCGUUGUGCAGCCACUUCUCGAACUGUUCAGAACUCCUCUGCUCUGCAGCCCACAGACUCUGCCCACUCUCACUCUCAUCCACACCCACAGCCUCUCAAUCAAUCACGUCCUUCCUCAGACAGGCCUUCUGCUUUUAGCAGCGUGCAUAGCAGCGCUGCAGGGAGCUCACUGCACCGAGGCCUGUCGUCUCUCAGAACUAGCAUGGCUUUGGGUGGCACUCCAGAGCCCUCAGCUCGAUUACCAGGUGCUGAUUGGUCCAGUAGCUUGCUGGGCACCAGUUCUGGAGCUACGCUGGGUGAGGCAGCAGUGGGCAUUAUGGGAAGGGGGAUCAUACCCCCUCCCAGGACCAGCUCCUCUUCCGUGGGUCUGCACUCCUUGCAUAGGUACCCUGACAGCUCUUCCUCCUCUUCCUCUUCACCCAUCUAUACAUCAGCCACCGAGGGCCGUGGCCUAGGACUGCCUGGGGCUGACCCUAGGCAGAGUAGAGCCAGCGACGGAACCAGUAGUGGGCAUCACCCAUUUUAUGAUAACUCCCAACGGAACAACCCAGCCUCCAUCCGCAACGUCCUCCAGUGCAACCUGAGCCGCUACUUCAUGGAAUACGAGCGCAUGCAGGAUCUGGAGAGAGCAGGUUCUAGCCGGGAAGCAGGUACCCAGGGGCCCAUGCAGGACCUGCUCUCCAGCAAUGUAGACUCCGAGAGAGCAGGGCCUUCGCAUCGGAACUCCGCCUAUGCUGGGGAUGCCACCAGUAAUUCCAGCUUGCAUCACAACCAUCCUAACCGCUGCCGCUCAUGCCACAACCUCCUCACUUAUAACCAUGACACCCAGCGUUGGGAGCGCUCGAGCCAAGCUUCUUCUGCCUCAGCUCAGGAUGGGCCCCACUGGCAGAUGCCUGUACCUGCCUUUGAGGUACCUGCACAGAGUUCAAGAGAAGAAUCCCAUACCACAGAUGAGGGUCAGCAGCCUAUGCAGGGCCAACAGCCUAUGGGCCUGGUGUAUAAUCAGGACACAGGCCAAUGGGAGAGAGUGUAUCAGCAGGCCACAGCUAAUCCCGCCACUGAAGCAGCACAAGAAGCCUUAAACCCAGAUGUGCCUGUGGAUAAUACCGACGAGGACUCACUCAGAAGGAGGCUUCUGGAGUCCUCGCUCUUUCCUUUCUCCCGGUACGACAUGUCAGGUUCCCGUGAUCAUCCUAUUUACCCAGAUCCUGCCAGGUUAUCUCCAGCAGCAUAUUAUGCCCAGAGGAUGAUUCAGUAUCUGUCUAGGAGAGAAAGUAUUCGUCAGCGCUCCUUACAGAACCGCCUGCGUACCCUAUCCACAUCCUCCGACAACCAGGCGGGCAAUCCCUCCUCCACACCAGCAGAGGGCAGUGAUGCUGACUAUGAGGAUAUAGAGGAACCUGGAGAUCGGACAAGACACAGAAUGCCCCGCAACGCACGAAUGUCUGCACCCUCCCUUGGUCGCUUUGUCCCACGAAGGUUCCUGUUACCUGAAUAUCUUCCAUAUGCUGGUAUUUUCCAUGAGAGGGGUCAGUCAGGCCUGGCAACCCACUCCUCAAUUAACAGAGUAUUAGCAGGGGCUUCAAUUGGUGAUGGUCAGUCUGCGGUAGCCAGUAAUAUUGCCAACACCACCUACAGACUGCAGUGGUGGGAUUUCACCAAGUUCGACCUGCCUGAGAUCAGCAAUGCCUCUGUGAAUGUGCUGGUUCCACACUGUAAGAUCUAUAAUGAUGCUAGUUGCGAUAUAUCAGCGGAUGGGCAGCUACUGGCUGUUUUUAUACCCAGCAGCCAGCGGGGCUUUCCAGAUGAGGGCAUCCUUGCUGUCUACUCUCUUGCCCCUCACAACUUGGGAGAGAUGCUCUACACCAAGCGAUUUGGACCCAACGCCAUCUCGGUGAGCCUGUCUCCAAUGGGUUGCUAUGUGAUGGUGGGCUUGGCUUCACGCAGGAUCCUGCUCCAUCCUACCACUGACCACAUGGUGGCGCAAGUGUUCCGUCUGCAGCAGCCGCAUGGAGGAGAAACUUCAAUCAGAAUGGUAUAUAAUGUGGUUUACCCCAUGGCUCCAGACCAGCGUAGGCAUGUGAGCAUUAACUCGGCACGCUGGCUGCCUGAACCUGGCAUGGGUCUGGCCUACGGGACCAGCAAAGGAGACCUGGUUAUCUGUAGACCUGUUGACUACCGUAACGAGGGAGACAGCAGCACCGAUCAGAACUCUGAUCCUCUGUUCACUGCCAGCAGUAGCAGUCGGACACGUGGAGUGGAACGGACAAGCAGGUCUGGCUGGCGAUUGGACAGAGAUAUGGGACUGAUGAGCGCUAUUGGCCUGCAGCCUCGUCAGCCCGCCCCCUCGGUGACCUCCCAGGGCACGCAGACACCUGUGGUGCGUCUACAGAACGCAGAGACGCAGACAGAGCGAGAGCUGCCCUUGACGAAUGCGUUUCAGACCGUACACGCACCGCAACACCUGGCAGAGACUAGUGAAGUGCAGACCGCCAGUACAGAGACACUCCCACACAGUGAGCCACCAGACACAGUGGCUCAUGAAGCUGCUUCCCACGAUCCCAGUACCCACACUGACUCACUGAGCACCAACCAUGGUGAGUCCCAGUCAGAUCCUGGCCCAGGUGAAGAUGCGCUUUCUCGGAUCCGGCGUUUGAUGGCUGAAGGUGGGAUGACGGCGGUGGUCCAGAGAGAGCGCAGCACCACCAUGGCCUCUAUGGGAGGCUUCGGCAACAACAUAGUGGUGAGCCACCGCAUUCACCGUGGCUCUCAGACACCAGCAGGAGCAGCGCAGGCGAGUAACCCAGCACCUUCAGGGGAAAGCGGUAUCAACACAAGACCAAACGUGCUCCUCUCUGACACUUCAGACAAUCCUGCUCCUUCUGAGACACAUGGUGGCACUCCUGUAUCUGAAAUCCCCUCGAGAUCUGCUCUUCCCUCUUCAAGCCCUAGUGCAGUAGUGUUAGAGGCCUCGGUAAUGGAGGACAUGGUUGAGGACGGUCAGAAUGAAGAACCCGAUCCAUCCUCUAGGAGCGAGUACUUGGCCAACAUAAGUAACAACAACAACAGCAACAACAGUGAGAGUAGCAGCAGAAAUUACCCCAGUGACCUGUACAGCAGAUAGUGCUUCCUCCCACUGUCCUACACUUACAUCAGUGGAGCAGGUUGAUUUGGAUUUGGCAAGACGUGAGCGGUUCUUUGUCAAAAGCUGACAGAACGAACCCCUGAGGUGGACCUGUGUGCCUGUGUUUUGCCUCCUUCUGCUUUUGCCUUAUGUGCAGAAGUAAGAGUGCCAAAUUUCCACUCUGUCUCUGUUCAGAGGAGACAGCAGCCUCUCUACAAAUAUAUUUCAUGGGGAAUGUCUUCAUAGAAAGCCAUCAUUGUUGCACUUGGUCCUUGCACUUCAGUUGUAGUUUUGCUUCCUUAUGAAACGUGUCUCAGACUUUUGAGCAUUCCAUCGCCAGAAAGGGCUUCUACUUGAGUCAUUCUUGUACUGGGGUACAGAAAUUAACGUAGUUCAGUUUACUGCUCCUUCAGGAGCCAGCAUUGUCACCAGUCAAGUUCCAGGCAUGGCUGCAGAAAACAUGCUUGCUUCACAGGGCCAAUGGGUCAUGCGUUCAUGUCAAGUGAUUGCAAUUUCGUCUGACGAAUUGGAGAAACUUUGAAAGGACACUGCUGUCUAUUAAUCUUGUAAUAACCAGAUUCACUGUUUGUUCAUUUUUUUUUUUGCAGAAGAGAGAUUAUAAUUACAGCAGUAUAAUCCAGUCAAAUGCGCCACAGUUUCAACUAAUAUGCAAGGAGGGUGAGCAUACCAUAGCCCAGGUGUUCUUUGAAAUGUUUUAUAAUGACGACGGCCUUUAAGUUUCCACCUUGGCAAAUACAUUUGAUUUGUUACUUUAAAAACGUAUUUCAUUUAAAAGGUGUUGCUAAGCAUUAAUUAAGCCGAGUUAGAAAUUUAUUUCACAUCAAAGAGAGCCAAAAGGAGGAAAAACAACAACAACAAAGCUAUCAUAUCGCCACAUCAAUAUUCUGUAUCUGCAUUGGUUUUGGAAGCUUACUGAGCCGAGUUCAUUUUAAUCAGGCUCCGUUCCCCUGAACCACGCUGCUUGUGCUCCACCUGUGUUCAGCCAGGAUGCUAAUGGUUCCUUUUGAUGCCACCAGUCACAGCAUGCCUGUGCCACCUACAGUGGCAGCUAGUGUCUGAUUGCACUAAACACCCUGGUUUCUCUCCAGACUUUCUGUGGGGGGAAUGACUGUCAGGACAUAUCUCCCAAAACAAGCCUGGGGAAAGAAUUAUACUUGAAUUACAUACAGUAGAAUAUCUCUAAGGAGCUGGCCAGUUAUUGUUGUUUUUUUUUUUAAAACAAAAGAAAAAAGGCCUUGAACCAGCAGAUUGAACUUGACCUGCAUUGAAACACAUACAUAACUUAAUCACUGAACAGAGGGCAUGUGCUUGUGCGUGCGUGUACUACUGUGCAUGAGGUUGUAUCACCGGUAAGUGUAGCAUUUCCAAUCAAGAAAAUGACUUGAAAGAUAAAUGUGCUUGUUUUUAGGUAGAUACGUUUGCUCUGUCUGUUCCUGCACUUCUGAAGCUCUGAGUACUUCCUAAUCAUCUCUGCCCUGCGCAGGUGUCGAGCUCGACCUCUUGUAGGUGUAACAAAAGGAGCAUUGAGGUAGGCUUUCCAGGUUCUUAGUGUUCGAAGCAAAACCAUGAAGCACAGAACAUCCUAUUUUGUUUUUAUUUGGUGUCGAAAUGGCUUUUAACAGUAAGUCAAUGUGUGCUCCUUAACAGCCCUGCUUUUAGCUGUCUAAUAUUUAUCCCUAGUUUUUGACGUCAUAAGAACUGCUGAAGCACCCCGCCUUCUCAUUUCUCGACUGUGUCUUGAUAUUCGAGACUCAGUCAGCGUUGGGCUAUUUUUCAGAUAGAACAAAGAGUGAAUGAGUGAGAAGAGUGAAUUCUUGAUAAAAUAAUAGACUGACGUCUUUAUCCGUUUCAUGCUUUGGAGUGCUUUGAUUGCUAUUGUUUAAAAUAUUAACUAAAAUCUCACCUCUGGUGCUGUUUUUUUGUUUCUUUGUUUUUUGUUUUUUUAAUUAUUACAGUACUAUUUUACACUUUAUAUGGUUAGCCCUGUUUAGUCAUUGAAGACACUGAUUGAAAAUGGGUUUUUUUUUUGUUUGUUUGUUUGUUUCCCCAAAACAUUGUUACUGAUUUAAGAACUAUGGAAAAAAGGAGCAUAGCUGUAAUAAGGGAGAUAAUGACAUCUGCUUUUCUUUGAUGUCACUGUAUACUGUAUACCUGUUGGUCUGAUAAAUCUGCUCAUAGAUAUCAGAUCUGUUUGUAGGUUUUUGCUUGUUUUUGCUUUCUUUUUAAAAGCUUGCCCCCACUUCAGUUUUGCUUACAUCAGACAAUGCAGCACACAUCUGAGAAACACAUGUCUCUAGUAUUUUAUUAGCCUUUUAGGUUGUCUUAAGAUGCUUUGGUCAACUGAAGCUUACAAAUCUAAGAGAGAUACCGGCGAUGCGAAACCUGGUGUGAUGUGACAGACAGACAUACUGACAUUAGCGACUCUGUGCCAGUUUUUGUGAUCUCACUGCUGGGUCAGUGCUGAAGAAAUCAAAGGUAUGGGAAAAGCAGGAUGUAAAAGUCCCCUUAUCCGCUUAUGUAAGAAGCAUCUUUUAUCAAGUAAAGAAGUGUGAAUUUAAGUCUUUAGCUAAAAUAGGGGUUAGGUGUUUGUUCAACAAAGUGCUGUUGGACACCAAAGAUCCAGUGUUAUGGUGGUUAAAAGAGGUUGAAUAAAAUGGGAAUAUUGAAAAGUGUGAA